AUGGGAGCUUCGAAGAUUUUUCUGGUGGCUGCAAUUUUGCUCAUUAACUUAGUGGGGACAAUGAUCUCUGGUGGUGGUAGGUGUUUACAAACUCAAUUUUGUAAAAAUUAUAAAUGAUGACUUAUUUGCAAAUGCUAUUACGCACCAAACAACUCUUUUCUUUCGGCCUGCGCAUUCAGUUGCUUACUUGUUAUUUGUGUGUAAAUAAUUUGACAGGAAGUUUGUAUAAACAAGGGUGUUUUUGGAGAGAGCUUCGAACGUGCUGGGGUCCAAGUUACCGUCCAUCAUAAGACAAUGAAUAUUUUCUCUCGCAAAAUCAGUCUGUUCAGGAAACUUUGGGAAUUUAUACUAACCACUUAUCGAAAAGCACCAGUGAAACUUCAGUUUGAUUCGUUUUGUUUACUCCCCAGCUUAAGUUCUGUCUUAGCAUUGGAAAUCUUGGUGAAAACUGAAUUUGAAAUAACCCGCCCCAAAACUAUUUUGCAAGGCCACUUAUGCGACAACCAAGAGCGAUUGAGAACAACAAUAUUUUUCGGUGAUUUAGACUGAGUAUAAUGUAAAACAAAACACCACUGAUAUUCGUUUGUUUCAGCACCGCACCAUCGGCAGAAGUUACAGAGAACCGGAAAAUUUGAAGACAUCCGUUUGGAGGAUGUAAAAAUUCCGUUUGAGGACGAUCAGUCAGACAGGAACAGAGAACGCCAACGGCUUAUUGAUCCGCCCGGUGUUUACCACAGCAAGGACCGUCCUGGUCGGUCUUUGAAACUGCCAAAGAAUUAA